AUGGAGCUGGCGGGGGCCGUGACCAUCUUCCUGGCCAUCUGCAUCUCGUGCCUGGCACUGGCCUCGGCCUGGAGGAGGAUGCACAAAGGGGGGAAACUGCCCCCGGGCCCGACCCCGUUGCCCUUCAUCGGCAACCUGCUGCAGGUGCGCACCGACGAGACCUUCAAGUCCUUCAUGGAGCCGGAGGCUCACAAGCCCAAAGAGCUGCAGGGGUGUGACAGGUGCCUCCCUCCGCCCCCGCUGCAGCUGAAGGAGAAGUACGGGCCAGUGUUCACGGUGUACCUGGGCCCGCGGCGCGUUGUGGUGCUGUGCGGGCAUGAGGCCGUCAAGGAGGCACUGGUUGACCAGGCUGAGGAGUUCAGUGGCCGCGGGGAGCUGGCCUCCAUCGAACGCAACUUCAACGGCUUCGGAGUGGCUCUGGCCAACGGGGAGCGGUGGAAGCAGCUGCGCCGGUUCUCGCUCACCACCCUGCGCAACUUCGGCAUGGGCAAGCGCAGCAUCGAGGAGCGCAUCCAGGAGGAGGCCCAGUACCUGCUGGAGGAGCUGCGCAAAACCAAAGCCCAGCCCUUCGACCCCACCUUCUACCUGAGCCGCACCGUGUCCAACGUCAUCAGCUCCGUCGUCUUCGGCAGCCGCUUCGACUACGAGGACAAGCAGUUCCUCGCCCUCCUGCGCAUGAUUAACGAGAGCUUCAUCGAGAUGAGCACGCCCUGUCAGCUCUACGACAUGUACUCGUGCAUCAUGCAGUACCUGCCUGGGCGCCACAACCGUGUCUACUACCUCGUCGAGGACCUCAAGGACUUUAUCGCCGAGCGGGUCCGGGCCAACCAGGCAACCCUGGACCUCAACUCCCCGCGGGACUUCAUUGACUGUUUCCUCAUCCAGAUGGAGAAGGAGCGGAAGAACCCGAACAGCGAAUUCAACCUCAAGAACCUGGUCCUGACCACGCUCAACCUGUUCUUCGCCGGCACCGAGACCGUCAGCUCCACCCUGCGCUACGGCUUCCUCUUCCUCAUGAGGUACCCCAAGGUGCAAGAGAAGGUGCACCAAGAGAUCGACCAGGUCAUUGGGCGCAACCGCAUCCCAGCCAGCGAGGACCGCAUGAGCAUGCCCUACACGGAUGCCGUCAUCCACGAGAUCCAGCGCCUCACGGACAUCGUGCCCAUGGGUGUGCCCCACACCGUCAUCCGGGACACCCAGUUUCGCGGCUACACCCUCCCUAAGGGCACCGAUGUGUUCCCACUGCUGGGCUCUGUCCUGCGAGACCCCAAGUACUUCAGCCAGCCAGACGCCUUCAACCCGGGGCACUUCCUGGAUGAGAACGGCCGCUUCAAGAAGAACGACGCCUUCGUGCCUUUCUCCUCUGGGAAGCGGUUCUGUUUCGGUGAUAUGCUGGCUCGCAUGGAGCUCUUCCUCUUCGUCACCAGCAUCCUGCAACACUUCCGCUUCGAGUCUCCCAUCGACCGCCAGGACCUCGACAUCUCCCCGAAGCUGGUGGGCUUUGCCACCCUGCCCCGCGACUACAAGAUCUGCCUCAUCCCACGCUAGGGGGGGCCUCAAAGCAGUUUGGUCUUUGGGGAGGGGGUAGAGGGGAAGAGCGGGUGCAAAUAGAGGAGCCUUCAUCAGGCCGAGUGUGGGACCCUGGGACAUUCUGUCAUGAAAUCUCAUCCCCUAAAUUCUCCCUCUCGUCCCACUUGGCACGGAUCAGGCACCAACACAGCUCCAUGGCUUCAGCUUCUGUCCCUGUGCCUUGCUAUUGCUGUUCACUUUUCUGCAAGAAAUGUGGUAGGAGGGAAAGGUGUAGCGGGACAAUCUUCAGGGCUCAGCACUUGCUGAAUUUGGGAGCUGGUGGAAGGGGAAACCCCUUUGGUUUUGUGCCUUGCCAUGACCUGUCAUUGAAUGUGGUCCGUCAUUGAAAUCCGUGGCCUUGGCUUAUGCAUGGGGCUGCCCCAGGUGGGUAUCUCUCCAAUUAAAGCUUCCUGCCCCUUUGCUUCCCA